UAAAGUGCUUACUCGCCCACACAGGCUCCGCCACAGAAGAAAUUGACUAUGGCUUCUGCUUGUUGCCGCCUUAUCUCAACUACCUCCUCAGCCACUGUUACCGCCAUUUCCUCCUUCCCUCCAAAACCAAACCCCCCAAUUUCAAAUCACAACUCCAAUCACCGCCGACUCACAAACCUCAGUCGCAGAGACCUUGCUCUGCUCUCCUUCAUCACUCUCGUCCCUCCCCUCUCUCGACCCGACCCGGCUUUCGGAUUCGGCAUUUCAGGACCAAAGGAUUGGCUCCGAGAGCAAAAGAAGAAGGCCUCAAGGUUCCUCUUGGCCCCAAUCGAUGCCUCUAGAGAGAGCCUCCUCGCGGCUCAUCGAUUACUCAUGGAUGAUACGAAUCAGGAGAUAGAGGAGGUUCAGAGACUGUUCAGAUCUGCCGCCAGGGAUUGCGUUGUGGAAGACCGGAGUUCAUUCGUUGCGUUUCAAGCCGAUACUGGUGUUGAGGUUUGCACAUUCCGUCUGGUUGUAAAAAAUGCUGCAUCAUUACUUGGUAAUAAGGAUCCUGUAAAAUUGGAAGCGGAAUCUAUGCUCAACGAUCUUAUAAGAUCAUUCAGCUCUCUUAAUGUAUUGGUAAAUGAGAGUGAUGUUCAACUUGCCUCCCAAAGAAAGAAGGUAGCAGAUUCACUCAUGGAUACCAUAUCAUCCCUUGACAAAUUUGAGCAGGGAAUCAAGGACUGCCUUGAAGCUUGACCUAUAUCUUUUGCUUUCUCCAGGAUAAAUUAUCCAGUGGAUAUCUUGCUUUAAAUUCUGCAGAUGCAUGUAUAUUCUGGAUCCAUAAAUCUCUUUGCUUUGCUAUUCAGUGUCUUGAUUCCUCUUUGUCAUUUCCUUUGACUGUACUUUUUAGCAUCUUUUUGUAUAAAUUGUUAUGUUGUAGGAUGGUUGUUGACAGAUAGGGGAUGUUGUAACCAAAAAGUAAACAAAAAGAAAGAAAAGCCAAUUUUGGAUU